AUGACCGUUGGCAUGGGCAGGGGCGGGCCAGGCGAUCAUGGGCACGCCAGCGCCCUGAAAGUACGAGGCAGACUGAGCGGCACGGAGGUGCAGGAGGAUCGCGAGCCCGACCAGACCAGCAGGGUGGAGGCAACACAGCACCAAGCAAGCCCCAGCACGGGGCACGAGACCCCCAUGUUCGAUGGGAGUUCGAGCACCUCAGCGGUAGCAGCGAACAUGGUUGACCUCGUCAGCGACGGCACCGACGACGGAAUCGGCCAGAGCAUCCAGCAGUGGCAGCUAGGCGACACCGGCCUUCAGGAAGAGCUCGUCCAGGGCGCGGUGCUUGGUCGGAGGACCAGCCAGAACCUGCACCAGGUCCAUGGCGACGAUGCCCGCGGCGAGGCCCAGCCAGUGAGGGGGCGACCGAAUGGUAAGCGACCUGCUGGCGCGGCGCCCAUGCCCGCGCUGCGUGCGCUGGCGCACAGGAUUGCAACUGGGCGUAGCCAGAACGAGAUCAACAGGACGACGAAGGAGAGCAGCAGCAUUGAUGGGGCGGCCAGGGCCCCACGCUGGCAAGAGCUGCCCCACGAGGGCGACGGCGCGGAGCGCGAGAAGGUGCAAUAUCCGGCUGGGCAAAGGAUGCGCCAGCUCAUGCGAGAGGUGGCGUCUUGGAGGCAAACCGACCCCGUGGCGCCGCUCGUCGCUAAGGAGCUUCCGCCUGAAGACGGCGGCGCGGAGCGAAAAGAGGUACACCAGUCCGCUAAGCAGAGGAUGCGCCAGCGGAUGCACAAGGCGGCGGCGCGCAGGCAGGCGCAGCGUGCAAUCUACAAGAUGUGCUCGGACGCCGCUGCCGCGGGUUUGAGGGUAGAGAGCUCGUCUUGCUGGAUCGAGGAUUUCAAGAGCUUCCUGGAGGAGCGCGGCGAGGUUUUCCCCACCUGCCGCUUCUGCAGUUUCGACCAAGCCGUGCAGGAGUUCCUCGAGGAGCACCCCGCGCGCCGUGCUGACAUCUGGCUGGACUCGUCCGACAAGGUAGUGGCCACGGUGAUAUCCUUCGCAGUGGAUCACGGGUCAGGCACAAGCGAGGUCCUCCAGGGCGAGAAGAGGUGGCGCAGCUACGUCACGCGCCAGAACGCGGCUGCAGAGUCCACCGCGAACGGAGCCUGGGCCACGUCGGUGGCGUGGGUUGACGCGGAGGCACAUGACGAAGCGCUCGCCAGCUCCUGGAGGGUGGUUCUCGUCACCCUGCUUCUGCUUUCGGUGGUGGGUCUGGUCUACACGAUGGACUUCAGGAUGACCGGCGCCGUCCUCGGGCUCACGUUCUGCUGCGUGGUCGUUCUCCACUUCCUGAUGUACUGCAUUUUCCAGUGGGACUUCGGCCCCUGGGAGCUGGUGAUCACUGUGGUCUUCCUGUGCUACGCGAUGGAGCCCGCGUUCCAGAUUGGGCACCUGCUCGUGGACCGCUCCCCCGCAGAGCCCGAGGGCGCGGCCCAGGACCCCGAACGGGAGGCGUCUGCAGGUGGCCGGGCGCCCCCGCCCGGACAGGACCCCCCCAGGAGGGCCCGCGCGCUGCGGGAAGCGGCAGCGCCAGGGACUCGGCGGAAGGGCUGCCGGAGCUUGGCGGCUCGCUCGACGUGCGGGCCGGGGGCGAAGGCGGCGGCGCUGGCGCCCUGGCUGGGCAGGAUGACGUGGUGUCGCGCGUCACCUGGGCGGUGCACCAGGUGGUGGGGGACACGGCGAUGGUGUCCCUGCAGCUGUGGAUUUGCGGCUCCCGCAGGG